AUGACAUUUGGCAGCGCACAGACGUACCAAUUUGCUUUGACGGCCAAGGAAUGCGCCAUCUUUCGCGCUAUACGCAAUGUCGAGCCAGGCCUUGUUUCCGCCAACCUACCUAAGACGUUAGAACUCUCUGUCAAGAAUCAAGAUGGCGGCUUCAUUGGAAGUUGUACGAUUGAAACCAGGGACAUGUUCAAAAACUUUGUCAGCGCCGCUGUCGGAUUUUACGAGGAACUGAUCAAGGAUCCUGCUGGAACACUCGAACCUGUUGAACCAGAGCUUGUCUACACUGAAUCCGCAACCCAGACACAAGAGAUUACAGUUGUGGCCCCAGAUCUAAAGAGUAUAGUCAGAGAUAUGUCAUGGGUGCAAAUUCGCGAGGCCAAGAUUCCGGCUUGUGUCAAACAAGUCGCUUUCACAAUAGACGACCAUGGCCUCACUCCGGACUAUCGGGAAGAAUUGCAGUCUGAAUACCCAGGUGUUGCAAUCUUAACACCUAGCAUGAGGAUGAAAGAAGAAGUGGCACAGAGGGUCUUGGAACAGGCAAAAGCUGAAAUUACAACUCCUAUGAAGAUGGAAGAAGAAAUGACGCAGGGAGUCCUGGAACAAGCAAAACCCAAAGGAGUGACGGAAAUGAUCAUCGAGCUCGACGAGGCCGAAGUUGCCCAAAAUCCACUAUUAGAGAAGGUGAUGCGAGACCGACAUCCGUGGGCAACUAUAGAGUCAAGGCCUAGCCCCAGCAUAUCCAGGAAGCGUACCCAGCGAACAACCGAAUCCCGACCCUCAUCACCCCGCAGACCAGACCCACUGGAGCAUUUGAAAGACCUUGCGGAUUUCGCAGUCGGGCCAGACCCGCCUGCAGACGAUGAGUUUGGAUAUCGGUUUGCCAUUAGCACAGGAUGGAAUACAUUAUCCUACCCGCGGAAGCUGGAAAUUGCACAUGCCCGAGCCAUUCAGCAUCACUAUGGCAAAGUGGCCGAUGGACUAGGAUGCUCGCACUGUGUUGAAAAGGGAUACCAGUGCAAAGUAUACCUUCCACAGCUCUGCAAUCUCUCCCACAUAGCAUUCGGCCAAUCAUGCCAAAACUGCAGACUACAAGGUGUCCGAUGCGAUCUCCCUGCCGCGACACGAGAACGCAUGCCGGUACCAACGGGACCCGCAGCACUGCGACUCGACACACAAAACGUGCCCAGCUUUGGCUCGCAUGAGACACCCUACACGCCUCCGCCUACGACAACAUCCAACACGCCAAAGCCAAAUCUUGCAUCCCGAAUCACAAACGUCGUCUCCAGCGGCCCCGACUCGUAUUCACACUGCGCCUACUAUAAAUCACGCGACAUACUCCAAUUUGCAGACGAGAUCAACUACCGCGUCCCCGGAAAAGCGCGCAUCGUCAUAAGCGCCAUGUACGGCAAAUUGUGGAAGCACCUCGAAACGGAGCCGUACGGAAAACGCUUCAUCACCCUCAUGCUUCACUACGAGAACCUCAUUACCUUGUACGUCCUCACCUAUCUGCGCAAGGAAUACGAAGAAGCCUUCCAAGUGCUCCUACGCUUCCAGCACACAAACUGCAACAAACCGGGUCAGCUGCCCGAGGUAGACGCCGUACUCCCGCUGUUCGAGUGGCUGCCAGCCGACGCGCCGUUGCGGCGGUGGGUAGCCAUUCUGUUCGCAACGCGCUGGAACUUCAGUCAGAUGGAAGCGAUGGAACUGCAAGUCCGCCAGAACGAGGUGCUGAAGACUUUCGUACACGAAGUCGCAGCCGCCAGGGGCUCGUCUGACGGACAGGGUGUCGAUGAGCUGCAGAAGAGGUGGUGCGAGGUGCAUUUGCACGAGCUCGGGUCCGAGGAACACCAGGAGUGUGAGCGCAUGGAGGAAUCGUUGGAGGAGGAGGUUGUGCCGACGGUGUGGAGAGAUGACAGGGGGAGGGAGGCCGUUGGGAGGCCGACGCGGGGGAGCAGUGCUGGGCCGGUAUCGCCGGUUUCUGGGUCCAAGAGGAGAGCUGACGAUGAUACGGCGCAGAGACCGUUCAAGUGGAGGGGAAGUGCGAGGGGAAGGGGUAGAGGUGGUAGAGGGAGAGGAAGGGGGGAGAGCUCAAGGUGGGAUGACUAG